AUGGGACUCCUGCUGGGGCUACGAGGUCGGAACCUCUACCGGCUUAUGAGAGUUUUGUGCGGGCUAUCCUUUAUGAUGUAUGGUUACGAUGCUGGUGUGUUAGGAGGCAUUCUCAGCCACCCCCCAUUCCUGCAGGCAAUGGGCAAUCCUACAGACAACUGGACAAUCCCGAUGAUUUCCAGUAGCUAUACGCUGGCGGCCUGCGUUACGUCCCUGUUUGUCACUAGCUUUUCGUUUCGUAUUGGGAGACGAGGCUGUAUCAUCAUUGGAUGUGGCGGUGCGAUUAUAGGCGCUGCGAUUCAGUCAUCUUCUUACGGCGUACCACAGAUCAUCGUGGGGCGCUUGGUGACGGGAUUUGGCAUCGGUUGCAUCUCCAGUUCAGUUCCGACCUACCUUGCCGAAACGGGUGUCAACAUGGGUGAUCGAGGACCAGCUGCUGCUCUUAAUGGAGCGCUUUUAAUAUCCGGAGUACCUUUGGCUUAUUGGAUUGAUUAUGGUUUCACGAAGACGUACACUCAGGCUUCAUGGCGUGUUCCCAUUGCGCUGCAAUGCAUAUUUGCCAUCAUUGGCGGAGGUUUAAUGAUCUUCAUGCCUGACACUCCUCGCUGGUAUUACGCAAAGAUGCGCAUCGAAGAGGGUGAUUCAGUCCUCUGCCGACUACAUGACAAACCUCUAGAUGACCCGCAGGUCCAGGAAACAAAACGAGAGAUCCUAGCGGCGAUGGAGAGUGAGCUGGAAGCUAACAAGUCCCUCCGUUGGACCCAAUUUUUGACCAUGGGAAUUGUUGAUCGCAGUCCUUUGCGCAUUGCCAGGAGGCUUUCCAUGUGUUUUUGGAUCACGUUUAUACGGGAGUGGAUGGGAGUCAAUGUUGUCGUUUACUAUUCCACCAUCAUCCUUGGGAACACCGGAAUUAGUCCCGAACUAGUUACACUUAUGGCAGGGGUGAUGAACACAGUUUUCGCUUUGGGAACGAUCCCACUCAUCUUCACCAUUGAACGAUUUGGACGUCGGAAGAUUAUGUUUUGGGGCGCAGUCGGCCUGUCCAUCGCACUUCUUAUCUUCAUCAUUAUGAUUGCCCUGCCACAUCAAACAACCGCCACGCAAUGGACCGCCGUAGCAUUCAUAUUUAUCUUUAUAUUUAUCUUUGGGUACUCCUGGCAGGGGAUAAUUUGGCUUUAUGCUGUGGAGAUUUCGCCGUUGGAAUAUCGCCAUAUCGGUGCGUCAUUUGCCAGUUUCGGAGAAUGGCUGUCGAGUUUCUUGACGGUAUUCGCUGGACCCAUUGGCAUUGCUCAGGUUGGUUGGAGAAUGUAUCUCUGGAUUCUGGUCGGAGAUCUUGUGGGUUGUGCGUUUAUAUACUUUCUUUGCCCAGAAACAGGCAAUCGUACCUUGGAGCAGGUUGAUGAGCUAUUCUAUGUUCAAUCAAGGUCGGACAAAGAAUCUAUAAUAAAAGUUCCUAUUGAGAAGUCUGGUGUGUGA